AUGAUCGGUAACAAUAGCAGCGAACAGCGACCUCGGGGAGGUAAAACGGACGGCUUUCUGAAUUUUCAUUCCGAGUCGGAGUCGAUAAGCGGCAUGACGGAAACGGCGGCUAAGCCUGCUGUUGUAAUUAAAGAGCAAUGCGCCGUAUGUAAGGGGAACUGUCCAUCCGUAACGAAGUGCAAGAGGUUCGAAGAAUUCAGCUACGAAUCUAAGUGGGCACCGGUGAAGGAGUGCAAGCUGUGCCGGAAAUGCCUGCGAAAGCACAACGGAUCAUGUAAGCAGUCGAAACCCCUUGAAACGAAUGAAUGCGAAUUACUUCACUAUCCGUUGCUCCACAACACGCAGAAACACGAAGCUUCGAGAUCUGUGUUACCGGUAGCAGCCAGCUACCCCAACACUAAUACGGAACCGAAAACAGAUCAUUGUUGCAACAUUCACCAAGGUCAGUCGGAGAUUAUGUUUCGAAUCGUUCCGGUGAUGCUGUAUGGACCUACAAAGACGAUACGCACCUACGCGUUCGUUGAUGAUGGAUCCGAGCUCACUCUAAUGGAGCAAAGCCUCGCUGAUGAGUUGGGCGUGCAAGGACCGAUAAGAUCAUUAUGCCUAAGGUGGACCGGCGGAACACAGAAAAUGUCGCAGUCUCAACAGGUCAACCUGCAGAUCUCCGGUGUGCAUAGCUCGAAGAGGUACGAGCUAUAA